AUGCUUAACCGAGUCUCCAACUCUCUUAAGCAACUUCCCGACGUCUGGGCUUCCACUGCCCCUAUCUCCUCGAAAAACGGACCCCUCAGCCCCGACCCUUCCCUCCCCGGUGGCUUCUCCAACUGCACCAAAUACCGCAGCCAAAAGCUCUUCGACAUGAACAAGCUCCGCAUCCCCGAAGCCCAACGCCCCAUGUUCCGCGCCGUCAACGAAGCCGUUCGAGACUACAUGUACGGCGACCAUUUGGACCCGUCCCACGACUACGAGCACAUCCAACGCGUAGUCAACAACGCCCACAAAAUCCUCCAAUCCGAGCGCAUAGUCCGACCAGCUUGGACCGCGAGAAUCGACCCUGUGGUGGUCUACCUCGCUGCUAUGGUGCAUGACGUCGGCGAGCCGAAGUACCUUCAAAAAGGCCAGACACAGUACGACGAGGUGGAGAACCUGCUGAAAAGCUGCGGCGUGUGGACGCCCAUUCGACGAAAGGUGUCGUACAUCGUUCCACUGGUGUCGUUCACGAACGAGGCGAAACACGAAGAGGAGGUAAAGGGUUUGGCGGAGGACUAUCCUGAGCUUGCUGUUGUGCAGGAUGCGGAUCGCCUUGAUGGCAUUGGCAUGAUUGGGCAAGGGCGCUGCUUUGUCUAUGGGGGUGCGAAUCAGUAUCGCCGCGAGCAUACUAUUCAUAUGGCGGUUCAGCUGCAGUGGAGUCGAUUUUAUAAGUAUCUCGAUUUUAUGAAGACGCCGACCGGGAAGAAGGAGGCGGAGAAACGCUUGGGUCGAAUGGCUCGGUUCCGCCUUGAGUGGAACGAGGAGACGGACGUUUCUUCAGUGCUCUAG